UUCACGUAAUUUUUAAGACAGUUAAGGUUUGGUAUAUUAAGAAAAAUGCUUACAUCAAAUGUUUUUGUUCCUGCUUUUUUAUGGAAAUUGAUGUUUGUGGGGGUUGUCUCAUUCACUGUGUCUGUGCUUUAACAUUUUCAUUUGGCACUGUUGAAACUUUUCUAAACACACUUUUAUGACAUUUUGGGUUAUCUGCCAACCAUGGUGGACCCUACCUUGGGCAUGAUUAUUUUUAUCUCCCUCGAUGGUUCACCUUCUGUUCUUCAUAUUCCCACUAAUUUUUUAUAUAUUACUUACACACACAUUCCGGAUGAUUUUAGAACGGGGAUUUCUGAAAUUGUUGCUCUGGUGGCUUUCAUAGCUCCACAGUUCAUUUUAUUAUACAUGUGAACAUAUUUUUAGAAAUUUUUCCCCAAAAAACAUAAGAUACCAAAUCUAAUGACUUUUACCUUUUCAGAGUCUUUUCAAUACCAGAAUGAGAUCCUGCUUUCUAAGUAAAAGGAUGCUAAAACAACAGAAUCUUAGCUAAAAACCUAGGUUUGAAACAAUUGGUGAUAACUCUGAGUAUAACAUUUAUUGUUGAUUAUCCCUAAAUUUGAAUAUCUUAAUAAUUUGGAGAUAUAUAUACUUCCACAGGAGGGUGAAAUGAAUAGAAAAAAUUUAUUGGAGUUGCUUAAGUGAAUAAAUAUACAGAAAUUAUUUGUGCAAAGUUGUUAAAGUUUACCUAUUUUUAAAUCAGACAUUGUAAUAUUUCUGUUUUGUUUUCAUUGCAAGUUAGAAUAUAGGCUGUUCAUAAUGAAGUACCCUAUAAAACUAAAGUGACCACUGCUAUUAUAAUUAUUGUUUUCACCUGACAGCAUUAAUUACUAUAGAGAAUUUAUAAUAUAUUUUUAAGAACAUCUGACUUUAAUAUUUGAAAAAUUAUUGAUCCUAAAACAAAACCUAAAUUCAAGGCCUAAGUCAUUUGACAGGCUCUUUUUGAACAUAAAUUAUUUUGGGCUAAGUGAAGAUCAUUUAAACUGGCAUUAAUUAGCAUGAGUCAAGUAGAAUUUCUUGAUGCAAGAACAACCAGAUGAAAAGCGAAAGCUGAUUGGUUUCAAGCCAACAGUUUGUCACCUUUCAGCUGCUAAACUGAUUAUCAAGGUUUGAUGUUGAAUAGUCUAGGCAAUUUACAUCUUUAGUAAAGUUUGUGGCAAAAGUCACGUGUUAAAAACAUUUUUCUUAAAAAGAAUUUCAUGGCUACCCAUUUAUUUUUAUUUUGUCCCCAUAGUAUGUUUGGUAUUUUCUUUUUUUUUCUUUUUUUUUUCUUUUUUUUUUUACCAAUGUGCUUUGCUUUUGUGGAAAAUUGUCUUGUUUGACAGGUGGAAACAUGGUGGUGAUACUCUAUGUAAAAUAAAAUUACUGAUCAAAAGUAUUUUAUUCAUUUUAGAAUUGCAAGAUUUUUACACUUUCAUAAAUACAUACUUUGUUUCAAUGAUUAUUAGUAAUUUGCUUAUUAAAUUUUUAUAGCAUUUCAUGGGAAAAUUUUAAACUAAAGAGUUUAAUUUUCUUGAUUUAGGGUGCACUUUAAUAAUUCAAGAGGCCUCCAAGUUCAAGGACCAAAUCUUUAUGUUCUAGAAUUUUGAAAAACAUGGAAAUACUCUUGUUAGCAUGUGUUUUGGUCUAAACUGGAUUAAUGCAGAAGGAUCCUAAGAGGACUUAAGAUGUCCUUAUUGUAAACUGGCAGUCAAACUAAUGGGACAGGUGACUUAUGUAUUCACUUUGAUUUAGUCCAACAGUAAUGGCCAUCAGCUAAUGAAUUAUUAGACACAUGUUGGGAUUGGGUCAAACUCCCAUUGACCUGGAGUGGGUUGACAGUUUCCUGUGCAGGUAAUUGUUGGUGGCAUGUGACCUACCUCCCUGACAAAUACAUCUGGCUUUUUCUUUCACCCAUCUUCCUGUUUGUCUCUCCUUUAUUAUUCUUGUCAUAGGCCUGCCAGUGGCACUAAAGCGUAAUCCCUUGAGAAGGAAGUAAAGAAAUUGCUGACUCCUACCUUAACAGCUAACUGACCCCAGAAACAUUUUUGUAUUAUGAGGUAAUCAGGCAGUUUUUAUGACUGGUGUUGGCCCCAUAGUCUGAAGCUGGUUGUUUGAAAGAUAGCAAUAUUGUUCGUUAAGAAAUUUGUAAAUUAAAGAGAGUAAAAGUAUGUGUAUUUUAGGUAAGUUACUGGGGGCUGAGACUUACUGGUUUGGAAAUCUGAGAGCAGAAAAGGGAGAACUGUUUGAUAUGUUUGAGUAUGGGAGUGUGAGAGGUAUAUAAGGGAAAGGUUUGGAGGAAAAGUGGGAGAAAUUUUUAUUGGAGAUAGGAAAAGAUACUAAGGUAGAGUCUAAAAUAAGAGUUGUUGGCUAAGGGCAGUGAAGUUGAUCUUUGUUAAAGAAGUUUCAAUAAAGCCAGAGAAAAUUGUGAGAAAGCUGUUGGCCUGUAACUAGAUGUUAUGAUGAUGAUGCAUUAUACAAACGUGUUUUCACAUAUAGGAUUUUUCCUUUUCUGGACAAAUUUAGUAGAGUAAUUGUGGAAUGGCAACUUUUCUGGUCAUGGCAAAUUGGUACUGGGGACUUACUACUUUUAGAGAAGAUAAAAUUUCAAACUUCUUUGCAGGUAUAAUUUUUAAACUAUCAGGAAUAUAUAUCAUAUGUAGUAUCUGUUCUUAUCUUUACUUUUCAAAAUGGUCCUUAGAUCAAAAUCAUUUGAUUCCGCAGAGAUCUACAGUGUAUUUAUUAUGCCUUGCUUUUACAGAAUCUUGAGCCUUUGGUUCACAUGAAUUUCUUAGAAGAGGACAAUAAACCAGAAAAAAAUACUAAAUUGCAAUAUUAGGUAUCUUUCCUAUUUCUUCUACAUUUGCAAUCCUAAGAGCCAUUUAAAUUGUGAACUUUAUGAGACCCUCAGAAUACUACAUUUAUGAAAUUAGAUAACUCCCUCCCAAACUCAAGUUUGUACUCUCACCUCUAUUACUUUAAAAUUGUAGAAUUUCCAAGAGUUCAGUGGUGGAAGAUAUUGGUAAUAUAAUUUAGUACAUCUCGGAAGUUCUUAUGCCCUUUGUAGAGGGAAUUGAUUGUGUUUAGAUUUCUGUUCCCAAUAUUCCCAAAGCAUUUUAAGUUAUUUAAGAUAAAUAAUUUCUAUAAUAUGUUUUAAAGUGACAUAAUUCAAGUAUAUUUAGAUUAACUCAUGUUUUCUAGCUUAGUAUGGACUUAGUGAUUUUUGACAGAUUACUUUCAAGUUUAAUUUUACCCAAAUCUGUGUACAUUAGUGAUAAAAUUUCUUUAAAGAUAGCUAAAUGAGGGGUUUUGAUUUUGUAUUUGGAAGGUAAUUUUUGUCAAGUUUAUUAACAUCAGAAUUGUUUUUAUAACAUUUUGUGGAGUUGACAGUAUAAUUUUCCCAAUUCAUUAUGUAUCAGAUUUGAAAUUAUAAUACAGUUACAAGCCAGUCCAGAGCCUUCUUAAGUAGCCCCCACCCUUAGUAAUUGUUUGAGAAGAAGUGAAUUCCCAAAUCCAUGUCAAGAACCAGUGAUUUAAAUGUCUCUGUAAGGCUUCCGUGAGUCUAGCCAAUGGAGAUAAAUGAUAGCCCAUUUCCAUGCUGCAUAGUUGUUAGGGUUUAUAAAAUUGUCAAUAUGUAAAAGUGCAAAAGCAGGAAAAACUCUAAAAUUGCCUAUAAAUUUUGUAGUUUUCAUUAUUUGCACUAUUUACCUUUGCACUUGAUUUUUUGGAAGUUAAGACUAGUCACUUUCACUUUUGUUUCUAGUCUUUCUGAUUUCUUAGAGUUAUGUUUUCAAUAUCCCACCCAAAGCAAGCUUAUAUGCAAUUAAAUAUGCUUUAUAAAUCCAAGAAAAUAUUUUUUAGUGUUAGCUAUGUAGAAAAAUUGUUUUGAUGAAAUUUUUAAUAUGGGCCUUUAUUUGCCAAUAAAAUCCUUUGUAAAUGUGAGCUUUAUUAAGCUAUUUGAAUAGACAAAGUGAAAGCUUAGGAUAUAUAUAUAUGAAUGAAUAUAUAUAUUCUUUGAGAUAUAUAUGUGGGGGUGUGUGUGUGUGUAUGUGUAUAUAUAUAUAUAUAUGAAUGAAUAUAUAUAUUCUUUGAGAUCCAACUUCCAGCCUGAGAUGGACUGGUUUUGGAGUGAUUUGUUUUCACUCAAGUCAAUGAGAUUUGAGUCUAGCUGGCUGUGGCUUAAAAAUCUGGAAGUGAAGUGGGUGGCAAGUGGCACUCCCUCUUUCAUGUAGUUUUCCAUAAUGCUCAUAGAGUUUUCUCAUGAUCUAUGUGAUAUUACUGGUAUAGAAAGAAUUAUAUUAAAUGAAUAUUCCUUUUUGGAAUUCAAGGUUGACUCAUUUUUUGAGGGGGUGUGGCAAGGGAUAAGAGACUUUAUUUUAACUAGAGACAUUCUUAUAACCUCAAGAUGUGCUCUAGAAAGAAUAAGUGAACAAAAAGUGUACGUGUGAACAUAUUUUUUGUCUUAGUGAGAUUGUGCAACACAGGUUCAGAAUUGCAAAAAAAUAAAAAAGGUUGAUGGUUUUGUCAAUAGAACAGAAAUGUUUUGGCUAAAAUUAUUUUUGUAAGUUAUUUAAUUAUUUCAUUUUAUAUUCCCUUUCCCAUAGCCUUUUAGGCACUUCAUACUUAAACCCAGCAAGUGAGAGGCCUCUCUAGAUCUGGUUUAUUUUUGGAAUGCCUGAGUGUGUUUCUGGAUUGGGAGGGGUGGGCAGGGGGCAGUGUUUUAAUUCUUGACAUGCUCUUCUCAGCAUGUUUUGCUAGUUGUUCUGGAUCUUAUGUUUGUAAAUUGCGUUGAAAAUUCAGUGAUGUAUUUGAAAUGAGAAAGUCCUCUGACAUAGUGUGGAUGUUUGUGGCUGGAACCUUUUGGCUUUGUUUUUAAUUUGGGUAGAAAGUUAAAUUUUCAUUGUUCAGAUUUUAGGCUUACCUAGUAGAAUUGUGCCCAGUAGUUGUCUAAAUAUGGACCAAUUUUGGGAAAUGAGUUGACAGAUCUGUAUCUGAUUCCAGAUACCUUUACUCAAAAUCAUAAAGGAAAGGCUUGCAUCAUUAGAGUUGUCUUAAGUUUUAUGUUGUCAGAACUUUAAAUGUGGAUGAUGAUCAACAUUAUAUGUAUGAAUUUCCUUUGGAGAAAGAGAAAAGUCCAGUCUCCAAACCUUUUCUUGGAGACUAAAUUUACCAUAUAUGGAAAAUGAGAAAAGUUUUAGCAAGUGGCUUUAUUUUUUAAUAGAGUUUAAUCAGCUUAAUUAUUUUUCCUAAUUUGAAGCACUAUUUUCCAAAUAUGAAUAAGGGGAAAAUAUUAGCAAUUUGGCUUCCCCCUUUUUUGAGGCCAUUGUUUUCUGCCCCCAUUUCCCAAUCCUGGUAUAAAAUGAAUUACGGGUAUCCCUCUAAGUAUCCCUCUAAGUACCUGUAACCCCUUUCUGGGGUCAUAAAUACCUUUGAUAAUCUGAUGAAAGUGAUGGACCCUCUCCCCAGAAAAAUGCACAUGGGUAAUUUUGCAAACAACCUCAGGGGCAUCACACAUCUUCUGAAAUAGCAAGUUAAAGGAUCUCUGCUCUAAGUAAACUCUAGAGAAAAUUUGUAUGCAAUUAAUUGAUAAAAUUAGGAACUAGCUAUUGGCCUAAAACAUUUCAGAUUGGAAUUAUUGUUAGAUGGUGGCCCCUACUAGCAAAAUGUGACAUUGCAACCAGCUUUAUUAGACAUUUUAACAUCCAGACAGAAGGUAAAAAGAAGCAAAGUUCUGAGAGCUAUUCAUAAGGAGUCAGGGCAUCUCUAGACAUGGGAGCCAUUCCUGGUUCAAGGCAGGGGUCAGGGUGCCUGACAGCUUCUAGCAGGGUAGAGUUUGAUAAACCACAAUGCUCAGGAUGCCAAGGGGUUAGCCAUUAUCUUAACCCCUUCCUCACCAAAAGAUUUUAGUUUUGUCUAUUGGAAAACAAAAUGUCACUAGGGAAAAAAAAGAUUUGCCUUAUAACUUUGCUAGAACACAUCAGUUUGGUGAUAUAUGGGACACCAGUAUUAUUUUUGAGGAAGUGCGUAAAACCAAAGUAAAUUAUUCUCUAUGUAGAACAUUAUUUACUAGUAACAUUUCUUUGGAUGUAUUAGCUUUGACAAUUUUUACCAGUAAAUAUUGGUUUCAUUUAAAACUGGGAAUCCAGUUUAUAAUUAGGAUAGCUGUUAUAUCUGUCCUUUCCCCCAUGUAAAGAGUAAUUUAAAGAUUUAUGCAUACUUCUUACUUUUCUCUCUCGAUGCCAUGGAGUGGGGUGGGUGGAGUGGGGGGAGAUCUUUGAGUCAACAACUGACAAAAUGUCUUCUCCAAAUUUAAAAAUUGAGAAGCAGCACUUUAAGUGUAACUCUACACCAUUUUAGUGCAUGUAUUUUAAUAAUGAUUUUUGGUGCAUGCCUUUGGGCUUAUUCAAAAGUGUACAAUAGGAAAGUAUAUUUCCUUUCUUAGAAAGGAGAUGUUUUUCUACUUUGCAACAUGUGAUUACGAAAAUCUUCCUCUGUGGGAAGAUUAAUCAUGUAUUGAACUACUGAAAAGUAUGUAUUUUUAGAUAUACAGAAGGAAAUCUACAUGGAGCAGCAUUCAGACCUAUAUAGAAGUCAUAGCAUUCUGUAUAGGACCAAAAAUGAAAUAACAUGAAACACUUAAACAGACUUUGUUGGGUAGAAAUACCUUUAGAUCUUGCAUUGACUUCCAAAAAGAAAAUGCCACAGAAGUUUGUUGAAAACUUUUGUUUGAAUUUUCUCUGUCAGUGUAUUUAGCCCAAAUAUAACAGUUUUGGGUUUACACAUACAUUAAGAAUCAAAACAAAGCUAACUAAAUAGAUCAGUCUGGUUUGCCAAUCCAGCUUGACUAAAAUAAGUAAACUAAUCAAUCACUUGCAACAUGAAAAACUGUCCGACUCCUCUGAGGUUUUGACAAAAUUAUCUUGGCUGAUGUGGGAAGACUCCCACUUUGAUUUUUGACCUGACAGUGAAGAUUCAUGCUUCACCUGAUUUCAUACCUGACAGUGUCUGUUUAAGGAGCUAUGGUACAGUUUGCUAAUUCAAUCUCUGAUACCUAUUGAUUACCUGUGAGAUCUAGAGUCCAAAGUAGCCAGCAGCUGUAUCCCUGAGUGCUCUGUGCCCAUCAGAUCUCUUAAAGUAGGCAGAGUUGGGACCAGUCACAGUUCAGAUGAGUGCCUUCAGGUGCUGUGGACAGCCCCAGCUUCAAGAAUUGUAUCUGCUUUUUUCGGGAGUCAUCACUGAACUAAUGUCCCACAUGGUGUUACUUACUGUAGUUGCUCUCUCUUGGAGGAGGCCCAGAGCACACAUCCUAAUUGCUUGUGGUACUCAGAGAGGGGGUGCUAACUCUGAUGCCCUGGCAAAAUUCCAGUUUAGGGAUGUGGGUCUUCUUGCCAUUCUAAUUGGAAAUGUGCAUCGCUUUCCAUUUUCCCUGUUGAUCUCAAUACAAGCCAACCUAGUCUGUUUUUUUGCCCCAGUCCCAAGUCUCUAAGAUGCUGGUGUGUAUUAUAUAGGCCAAGUUCAUGUCUUAUCCUAAUUGCAUAAGAGUUAAGGAAUGAGUAAGUUUGGUCUCAAAGUACCCUGUAGUUGGAGGGUAAACUCUUGGAAUGCUUUGGGGAUGAAAUUGGCCCUCUUUUAGCAUAAGUUGGGGAAUGUGCUAGCCAUAAGGUGUGAGCUGAAACCUAUUUUCCCUCUUUUCUUAGAGCAUUUUGAGAAAAUCUAUUGGGUUUUCAGUAGUCAGGGAAGGCCGGAGUUCUGCAGCUUUAAAUCUGGGUAACCGAGGCUGGUUUGAGCAAGACUUUGGUUAAUUAACUGGGUUCUCAGAUGCCACAGACUCCAUGAAAAGUCACCAUUAUUUUCAAUGGUUGUGAUAGAAAUUCCCCCAGUAGCCAUUAUUUUAAGAUUAUAUUGCAGAGUUGCUUUAUUUGAGCUUUUUGUGUAUACACAAUCCCAAACUGGAAGAAAUUAAAAAAAAAAAAAAGAGGAAUCCUGCUGUGAAAGGUAUAUAUUACUCUAGAUUUUUCUUACUGUAAAUAUUGUAAGAUUGUAAUACUGUCGAUAUUUUAUUAACCAACAAAUGUUAAUCUAUGUGAAUUUAGAGUUAUUUUAAAUGUGCUUCUUAUUUACUGUGUGUGGUUCCUGUUGCUGACAGUAUUAAGUUAUAUUCUGAUGUAAGAUUAACUUUAUUAAAGAAUGUAAACAUUAAUGUUUCCUUAUGGGAAAACAAAUAAAGUAUAAAGAAGACAAUUCUUUUCAUUAAAAUAUACUGUGUAUUUACACUUGCUAGACCCAGCACCACUGACAAAUUUAGUACAUUGUUCAGAAUUUUAGUUAACACAGCUGACAUGGUUGUGCUCUAUUUGAAAGUCUAAAAGUAGGUAUUGUUGGAAUAUAAACAGUUUGUAUUUGUCUGCUGUGAAUCAUCUUGAAAUUUCUAAUCAAGUUUGUAAAAUUUUUAUAGUAAAACAUUUUAAUGACAAUUUAAAAAUUUAUCUUCUUUGAAGAAUGGUCAAAACAAUAUCCUUUCAGAAAUAGAAUUAUUCUUUAAUAUCUUUCCAAAAUGACUUUGGUUAAAUGGACCAGAUGUACAUUAGUUAAAAUUUAGGACAAAGUUGUGGUAUUCUUUGAGUUUACAAGUUAAUCCUUAUUGGAGAUGUGCCAAUUAUACAGUAGAAUAUCAUUAAUUUGCACUGUUUGGGGACCCCAUUAAGAAUGCUUAAUUUUGCCAACUAAGAAGCAAGCAAAUGCAAUUUAAAAAGUAAAUUUGAGCAUUCUGUAUUAAAUAUGUGCAGUUAUUAUCACAUGAAGAAGCGCAGUGUGUCAGGCUGUAAUAUAACCAUACUUGCUGUCAUGUUCUCCCAUCUCAGUGCUGGGAACUCACCAUGUGGAAACCAAGCAAAUGUGUUGUGCAUCAGCUGGCUUGAGUUUGUUCAAUAUCAAAGCUGAAACUAGCAAGGUCUGCUGUACUGCUUAUUGAAGUAUUGUGAUUCUUUUAGGCAUUGAUUCUUACAAAAUAUAUACUGUAACAGUAUACUUUGUACAGAUUUAAAUUUUAUUUGAAAAAAUGAAAUAAAGUAGGCAAAAAAUAAAGAUGUUUAUUUUUCAUGUGA